GCUUUCGAACUGCAAGCAACCCACCCAACAAACUAACAAAAUGUUCAAGCUCGCUGUUGUCAUCCUGGCCGUCGUGUCCUGCGCUGCUGCCAAGCCAGGACUCCUGGGUGCUCCUCUGGCCUACACCGCUCCUCUGGCUUACACCGCUCCCGCUGCCGUGGUUGCUGCCCCCGCUCCAGUUGUGACCGCCACCAGCAGCCAGGUGAUCGCCAGGAACUACAAUGGGAUCGCUGCUGCCCCAGUGAUUGCUCCUGUGGCUGCUCCUCUGGCUGCUCCUGUGAUUGCCAAGUACGCAGCUGCUCCUCUGGCUGCUCCCCUGGCCUAUUCCUCCCCGCUGGCUUACACGUCCCCGCUAGCUUACAACACAGUUCCAGCUGCAGCGCCAGUUCUCCUGUAAGAAGUUGACUGAUCCAUAAAAAUAUUACA